AUGUCUCGCUAUUUGGAAUCACUUUAUGGCAGUGAUGACGAGGAUGACGACUACAGUGGCUCCGAAGAGGAAGCCAUGACUUUAGAGGAACAGCGAAAAUUAUUUUAUGGUAAUGAUGAAGAUGACCAAGAAGAGGGACAAGAUGAUGAUGUAGAAGAAGAUACCAUCGAUCAAUUGCAGCAACAAUUCCGAUCCACCAGUGCUCUCCGUUCAAAAACUAAAAUUGAAGUACCAAAGCAAAAAAAGCAAGAACCAGAGAAGGUGAUUGUUUAUGUUGAACAAAAGGGAAAGGAAGAACGGAAUUGGGAUCAAACUUAUGAAUCCUUGUCUAAAAGAAAGAUUCGUUUGAAGAGAUUCCAAAUGAGAGAUUUGGAAGCCCACAAAUUACACUACGACAAAAUUGAUUAUCCAACCAGUUUUGAAAAAACUGCUGAAGAAGGUGAAAGUUCUGACAGCGAAAAUGAAGAUGACGAAGACCAUGAUGGUGAAACAUCCUCAAAGAAAUCAAAGAAAAAGAGCACAAAAGUUUUUCAGCAAAAACUUGUGAAGCAAAGCAUUGAUCUAUCUCUUUCAAAGAUGGCAGGAUGUAUUGCAGGAGGUAAUUUGAUAGUGUUAUCCGGAGGCUCAAAAGAUGGUAAAUUAUAUUCUCAAUUAGUUGCGUAUGAUACCAAGAAUGAAAGAUGGAUUGAUCUGAAAGAAAGAAUGUUUGAACAACAAACUCUGUUGAAAGAUUCGGGUCUUAAUACUCAAUUUUUGUUUCCUCCUCCAAUGUCAUGCCAUGCACUAACAGUACUUGGUGAAGCAUUGAUUUGGUACGAUUGUAGAAGAACGGCUUUAGCUUUGAGAUUCUUUAUGGACCUUACAAAACAAAAAUGGAGACCAAGAAAAGUAGAUGAUACAGAGAUGAUGCCUAAAUGGCUAAAAAUUGACAUUAACGACGACGGAAUUAUCAAAGAAACCCAAAACCACGGCUCAUGUUUGAAAGAAAAUGGGUUUUGGAUUUUUGGUGGCCGAGACGUCAAUUCUAAUAUGGUCAUGAACCAGUUGAUUCGUUGUGAAUUUGAAAAGGAGAGGUAUAAUUACUAUAACAGACAAAAUUAUUCUGAUGACCGUGUGGGAUAUCAUAUGACAAGAACACUCAUUACCACUAAAAACGGAGCACCACUACCCAGAGAAAAUCAUGCUCAAUGUGUGGUAGACCACAACUUGUACAUUUUUGGAGGCAAUUAUACCUCAAAGGAUAGAUUGUUGAACGACCUACAUGUAUACAAUCCCACGACUAACAAAUGGUCAGAAAUUGAUAUGACAUAUAUUCCUCCACCAAUGAGGGAACAUUCUUUUAGUGCGGUUGACAACAAGUACGUUUAUCUUGUUGGAGGAAUUCUUGAGAACAAUGUAGUGAGCGAUGUACUAUAUCGAUUAGAGCCCAAAACCAAGAAUUUCUUCGUCGUAAAUCCAGGAGGACCUUCAACACACGUUUUACUCGGUAAUGGCUCUGUAACGCCCAAAGAUUUACAACAACCUCGUGCUUCACAUUUGGCGGUAAGCGAUGCUUCGCAUGUUUAUAUUUUUGGUGGACUUUCUGAUGUAUCAAAGAGAACAUUUUGCAACUAUGGAGUGGUGCUUAAAGAGAUUCUCGAUGUGGGUGUUGAGAACAGCUCUUACCAUUAUUUGAUGAACGAAUUCACAAAACAACGUAACGGAGAAUUGACGGGUUACGAUGUAAUUUUGAGAGUUGCUGAUAGAACAUCUGGAGAAAGCGAAUAUGUAUACGGCCACAAGUGUUUGCUAUCGUCUCGAUCUACUUACUUUAAAGAACUUUUCAAAAAUUCUACAGGUGAAAUUGUGGAUGAAAAAGAAUUAUUUGAAAUUAAGGAUUAUCACUUGGAUAGUUUAUCCAUUUAUGUUCGAUUUUUAUACUGCGGGGAUAUUGUCAUUCCUGAAGACUUGUCCAACCAAUUGGAGACUCUUCAGGAUUUGUUGACAAUUUCCAAGCCUGAUUGUGAAAGACAGGGAAUUAUUACAGAUAUCUGUAGCGAAAAACGACUGUUUUUAGACAGUUCCACCUCUGUGUUAAAUCAAUUGAAGUCUGAUUUUGGAAAUCUUUAUACACAAAUUGAACAGACGAUGGACAACUUUAUUCCUGAGCCUUGUCAUGAGAACCAUUACGCAGAUGUCACUAUCCAAAUUUUAGAUCCAAACACUGAUGAAGUGAUCCACCAGUUACGAGCUCACAAAUUAUUCCUAUGCAAAUCGAACUACAUUCAAACAGUUUUCCAAUCAAACAUGGAAGAGUCAGCCACAGGUAUUAUCAAAUUUUCAGAAAUUUCUCUUAAUGGGUUGCUUUGUGUCUUGCGAUACCUCUACACCAACGACAUUUUAAUUCCUCUCGAAAACUCUGUAGAAGUUUUCAUUGCCUCUCUGCUCUUCCAAUUGAAUGAGUUGGCAAACUAUGCCAGAACCAUUGUUUGUCAACACAUUACUAUGGAAAAUGUCAUUGAUAUUACCUUUUUGGUGGAUGUCUAUAACGACUUGGCUCUGAAAAACAAUUGUAUUCGAUGUCUUGUACAACAUUAUGAAACUCUUUCCAAACAUGAUGUUUUUGAAACCUUACCUGUUGAAAUCAAAGGUGAAGUGAAAACUCGUUACUUUGAACAAGUGAAAAAGCUCACCAAAAUGAAAGCCAAAGAAAGAAUGAAGAAUGCCAACAAACACAAGCAGUAA